AUGGCCAAGUGCCCCGAUCUUCUGGCUGGGGUACUCUGCUGCCACUGCGCCACUACAUUUGCAGAUAUCCGAGAAUCUAUCAGACAUGAAUCUAUAGCGGAGUCAACCACCAGGCAAAAUGAGGCAAUCCAAUCCCGUAUGCAGGUACAAUGCCACGUAAAAUCGCCCGAGGCCAUACUCGUGCAGUCAAGUUGGCGAGCUCAGCCCGGCGUGUGCACGGAAAAUCCAUGCAAGGCUCUCGAGAAAACGGUUGCGGGUGACGGUUUUCGUCAACGGGCAGAGUACAGACAGCCAGGGGCUGCAAAGCUCCCCUCAGCAGGUUGCUCAGUGGCUGAGCCAGAGGCCAUAUGCAGGCGCCCUGCGCUUCCUAGGUGUACGAGGACACAGGCGCUUCUAUUCCACCGCUCCGCUCACUCCCCGAAGGCCACUGUCCGUUCUAUUGCUGUCCAAAAGCCAGAAACCAUUGUUGCGAUUCCAACCACUUCCAACCGUUGGACAACGGCGGCCACCAACGCAACUGCAACAGCGCUCAAACCGUCACGCACCGUCCCGGCGCACCACCAGCCUCGGCGGCAUCUACUCCACCUACCGAAGCGAUCUGCAUCUCGCCAGGCUGAAUCCAGCAGCCAGGUCCUGGAGAGCCUCAUCGACCGAGUCAAAGCAGACGUGACGUCUUCAUCCAGACCGACCACGCUCUACAGUUGUCGGUGCCUCCGCCAGGCCCCUGAGUCGCGAGCAAGGCACGCAACCCCACAGCGGGCGGCGCCAACCAUCGACUCAAUGCGCUCAGCUAACCCGUACAUCAACAUCAACGAGAGCAGACAAGAAUACCAUGGAAAUCACGAGCCAGCAAGAUGGUAUUGGCGCUUGGUUGCGCUCGCUGCGUCAUGGAUGAUUGUGGCAGGUUUCCUCUUGCUCCCAGGCCUCUAUGCCAAAGAUGCGCAAUUAAAGUUCAGUUCGGCUGUGCUAUCAGUCUUUGUCGUCGCUUUGCUCACAGCAGGCUACUCUUUUACCGCGCUGCUCUGCUUCGCCUGUCGCGAUGCGUCUUUCCAAGCCUACAGCGUCUUCCUACCCACUGGCGCAUCCUCCGCCCUCGGACUCGUAUCCAUCGUCUACAACCUCUUCGCAACACGCGCCUACCGCUGGUCCAACGCCUCCAUCGCGGGCUCAGUCCUCGGUGCCACGGCAACCAUAGUCUACGGCUCCCUCUUCCUCUGGCGCACCCACCAAAUCCUGAUAUCACGACGCCCACGCCCACCCCGCCCAACCUGGUCCGAACCAACCUUCUACCCAGGCUACAACCCCACCCUCUUCCCCAACCCCACACUCUCCCCCCAACACCCCCCAGACACGACCGCCUACGCCUACACAGAAGACGAGGGCGUAACCCACCAGAUGAAGAUGCUACUCACCCAGCGCGACUCCACACCCAGCCUCAACGCCAAAUCCACCUACCAAAUCGCCCUCCCCGUCGACGCCGAGCAGGAGCGCAGGGAAAUGAGUCAGGAGCUCGUUGGCACGCCCGACCUCGUGUACACGGAUGUUACGAGUCGGGGCCGCGCGGAUACCAGGCCGGAUAGUCUGGGCGAACACCAGGCGUGGGAGCGGUGGCAGGAGAGGGGUCGGUCGGCUGUGAGACCGUCUAGUGUGGGUGCUAGGAGCAACCAUUCGCGGAAUAUGAGUAGAGAGGAGAGGAGGACGCAGAUUGAGCUGGGGGGGUUGUGA